GCCGCGCACUUAUUUGGUAUGCGAAUUCGUCAUGUACCAGUGAAGUCUAAUCAGAGAGUUGAUAUCAAACGGAUGAGAGAAGCAAUAUCCAGAAGCACAUGCGUUCUUGUCGGCUCUGCGCCUAACUUCCCAACCGGCUCUAUAGACGACAUUGAAGCAAUCGCACAACUGGGAAAAGAAUUUGACAUCCCUGUACAUGUUGAUGCGUGCUUGGGCGGCUUUCUGAUACCAUUCAUGGAGGAAGCUGGAUAUAAGAUACCUCUUUUUGAUUUUCGCCUGGAUGGUGUUACAUCGAUUUCUUGCGAUGUGCAUAAGUACGGAUAUAGUCCCAAAGGUUCAUCUGUGAUACUUUAUCGUAAACCGGAAUAUUUGCAUCAUCAGUACAUGUGUUUUUCAGACUGGACCGGAGGCAUCUAUGCAACUCCAACUUUUGCAGGAAGUCGGUGUGGUUUAGCGAUCUCUCUGGCAUGGGCUACGUUGCUACAUUAUGGACGUUCUGGUUAUAUCCAGAGAACUAAAGAAAUCAUUGAAUGUGCGCGGCAUAUCAGUUCUGCUGUUGAGUCAGAUAUUGACGGACUUCGUUUGCUUGGAUCGCCGGAUGUCUCUGUUGUCGCUUUUACAAGCGAUUCUUUUAAUAUAUAUGCGCUGAUUGACGACAUGACUGCCCUCGGAUGGAAUUUGAAUUCUCUUCAGAACCCAGCUGGGAAAGUUUUGCUUGCAUCUUAA